AAGAAGAAGCACCAACAGCAGCAAAACCGGCAGCGCGCAGUCAUCUGAGUUCAAAUUUGACUUGCUUCACGUUUUUUCGGACUUGAGCUUUCAAAUGUACGACCAGGACGAAGAGAACCAGUACGAUGAGGACGACGACGAGAUCACGCCGGAUCUGUGGCAGGAAGCCUGCUGGAUCGUCAUCAGCUCCUAUUUUGACGAGAAGGGGUUGGUGCGGCAGCAGCUGGAUUCCUUCGACGAGUUCAUCCAGAUGUCGGUCCAGAGGAUCGUGGAAGACGCGCCGCCCAUCGACCUGCAGGCCGAAGCCCAGCACACCUCGGGAGAAGUGGAGGAGCCCCCGCGAUACCUGCUGAAGUUUGAGCAGAUCUACUUAUCCAAGCCCACCCACUGGGAGCGAGACGGCGCCCCGUCGCCCAUGAUGCCCAACGAGGCCCGACUGCGAAACCUCACAUACUCGGCCCCCCUGUAUGUGGACAUCACCAAGACCAUCAUCAAGGAGGGCGAGGAGCAGCUGCAGACGCAGCACCAGAAGACCUUCAUCGGCAAGAUCCCCAUCAUGCUGCGCUCCACCUACUGCCUGCUCAGCGGCCUGACGGACCGCGACCUGUGCGAGCUCAACGAGUGCCCGCUGGACCCCGGCGGCUACUUCAUCAUCAACGGCUCAGAGAAGGUGCUGAUCGCCCAGGAGAAGAUGGCCACCAACACGGUGUACGUCUUCGCCAAGAAGGACUCCAAGUACGCCUUCACCGGCGAGUGCCGCUCCUGCUUGGAGAACUCGUCGCGUCCCACCAGUACCAUCUGGGUCAGCAUGAUGGCGCGAGGAGGACAGGGCGUGAAGAAGAGCGCCAUCGGCCAGAGGAUCGUGUCCACGCUGCCGUACAUCCGCCAGGAAGUCCCCAUCAUCAUCGUGUUCCGAGCGCUGGGCUUCGUGUCGGAUCGAGACAUCCUGGAGCACAUCAUCUACGACUUCGACGACCCCGAGAUGAUGGAGAUGGUGAAGCCGUCGCUGGACGAAGCCUUCGUCAUCCAGGAGCAGAACGUGGCCUUGAACUUCAUCGGCUCCAGGGGCGCCAAACCGGGAGUCACCAAAGAGCGCCGGAUCAAGUACGCCAAAGAAGUGCUGCAGAAGGAAAUGCUGCCCCACGUCGGCGUCAGCGACUUCUGCGAGACCAAGAAGGCCUACUUCCUCGGGUACAUGGUCCACAGACUGCUGCUGGCCGCCCUGGGCAGACGAGAGCUGGACGACAGGGAUCACUACGGCAACAAGAGGCUGGACCUGGCCGGACCGCUCCUGGCCUUCCUCUUCAGAGGGAUGUUCAAGAACCUGCUGAAGGAGAUUCGCAUCUACGCGCAAAAGUUCAUCGACCGAGGCAAAGACUUCAACCUGGAGCUGGCCAUCAAGACCAGGAUCAUCUCGGACGGACUCAAGUACUCGCUGGCCACCGGCAACUGGGGCGACGUCAAGAAGGCCCACCAGGCCCGGGCCGGCGUGUCCCAGGUGCUGAACCGGCUCACCUUCGCCUCCACCCUGUCUCACCUGCGCCGCGUCAACUCUCCGAUCGGGCGCGACGGCAAACUGGCCAAACCCAGGCAGCUGCACAACACGCUGUGGGGGAUGGUGUGCCCCGCCGAGACCCCCGAGGGUCACGCUGUGGGCCUGGUGAAGAACCUGGCCCUGAUGGCUUACAUCUCAGUGGGAUCUCAACCUUCUCCCAUCCUGGAGUUCUUGGAGGAGUGGAGCAUGGAGAACCUGGAAGAGAUCUCGCCCGCCGCCAUUGCCGACGCCACAAAGAUCUUCGUGAACGGCUGCUGGGUCGGAAUCCACAAGGAUCCCGAGCAGCUGAUGAACACGCUGCGCAAGCUCCGGCGCCAGAUGGACAUCAUCGUGUCCGAGGUGUCCAUGAUCCGAGACAUCCGAGAGCGCGAGAUCCGGAUCUACACCGACGCCGGACGCAUCUGCAGACCGCUUCUGAUUGUCGAGAAGCAGAAACUCUUGCUCAAGAGACGACACAUCGACCAGCUCAAGGAGCGGGAGUACAACAACUACAGCUGGCAGGACCUGGUUGCCAGCGGCGUGGUGGAGUACAUCGACACGCUGGAGGAGGAGACGGUGAUGCUGGCCAUGACCCCCGAUGACCUCCAGGAGAAAGGCGUGGCCUACUGCUCCACCUACACCCACUGCGAGAUCCACCCGUCCAUGAUCCUGGGGGUGUGCGCCUCCAUCAUCCCCUUCCCCGAUCACAACCAGUCUCCCAGGAACACGUACCAGUCGGCUAUGGGCAAGCAGGCCAUGGGCGUCUAUAUCACCAACUUCCACGUCCGCAUGGACACGCUGGCGCACGUCCUGUACUACCCUCAGAAGCCGUUGGUCACCACGCGCUCCAUGGAGUACCUGCGCUUCAGAGAGCUGCCGGCAGGCAUCAACUCCAUCGUGGCCAUCGCCUCGUACACGGGCUACAACCAGGAGGACUCGGUCAUCAUGAACCGCUCGGCCGUGGACCGAGGCUUCUUCAGGUCCGUCUUCUAUCGCUCCUACAAGGAGCAGGAGUCCAAGAAGGGCUUCGACCAGGAGGAGAUCUUCGAGAAGCCCACCAAGGAGACCUGCCAGGGGAUGCGCCACGCCAUCUACGACAAGCUGGACGACGACGGCCUGAUCGCCCCGGGCGUGCGCGUGUCGGGCGAGGACGUGAUCAUCGGCAAGACGGUGACGCUGCCCGACAACGACGACGAGCUGGACAGCAGCAACCGCCGCUACACCAAGCGCGACUGCAGCACCUUCCUCCGCACCAGCGAGACCGGCAUCGUGGACCAGGUCAUGGUCACGCUCAACCAGGAGGGCUACAAGUUCUGCAAAAUCCGGGUCCGUUCGGUCCGGAUCCCUCAAAUCGGAGACAAGUUUGCCAGCAGGCACGGGCAGAAAGGAACCUGCGGCAUCCAGUACAGGCAGGAGGACAUGCCCUUCACGUGUGAGGGCAUCACACCCGACAUCAUCAUCAACCCGCACGCCAUCCCCUCCAGAAUGACCGUCGGCCAUCUUAUCGAGUGCCUGCAGGGCAAGGUUUCGGCCAACAAAGGCGAGAUCGGCGACGCCACGCCCUUCAACGACGCCGUCAACGUGCAGAAGGUGUCCAACCUGCUCUCGGAGUACGGCUACCAUCUGAGGGGGAACGAGGUGCUGUACAACGGCUUCACGGGCCGGAAGCUGACGUCGCAGAUCUUCAUCGGGCCCACGUACUACCAGCGCCUCAAGCACAUGGUGGACGACAAGAUCCACUCCAGGGCCCGCGGACCCGUGCAGAUCCUCAACAGGCAGCCCAUGGAGGGGCGAUCGCGGGACGGCGGCCUCCGUUUCGGCGAGAUGGAGCGCGACUGCCAGAUCGCUCACGGCGCCGCCCAGUUCCUGCGCGAGCGUCUCUUCGAGGCGUCCGACCCCUACCAGGUGCACGUCUGCAACCUGUGCGGACUCAUGGCCAUCGCCAACACGCGCACUCACACCUACGAGUGUCGCGGCUGCCGCAACAAGACGCAGAUCUCGUUGGUGCGGAUGCCGUACGCGUGCAAGCUUCUCUUCCAAGAGUUGAUGUCCAUGAGCAUCGCUCCCCGCAUGAUGACGGCGUAGCCGCGGCCUCCCCGACGCGUUUGGACUUGUCUUUCGUUUUUGUUUUUUACACAACAAUAAAAGUGACGUGAGCACACAGCGCCGCGCUGCAGGUGAGCUUUAUUCACAUUUCCGCGAGGGCGGCUGCAGUUUUGCUAU